AAUGCCAGAGAAAUGUCGCGGUUAAACCCACAUACUGUGCCUUCUAUGGAGGUUGAUAGGCCUGAACUUUUGAUGAUUGGAAUGGAUGUAAGAACCCUUUUCAUGUCGAAUAGUGUGUUGUUAGAGAAGCCUUUUGGGGCUAGGAAAAUUACACUUUUGAACCCUGUUUGGAUUCAUUCUAAGGUGUCUGGGAAGCCCUUUUACGCAAUUUUGCAUAGGAUUGAUGUGGGGAUUGUUAUUGAUCUGGAACCUGCUAGGAUUGAGGACCCGGCGUUGUCGAUUGCUGGGGCGGUUCAGUCUCAUAAGCUUGCUGUGAGGGCAGUUUCACAUUUCCAGUUUUUGCCUGGUGGUGAUGUUAAGAUUUUUUGCGAUACUGUGGUUGAGAGUGUGAGGCAGAUCUGGCCUCCCUGAAACCACCUCCAGAACUACCACCCCAAAACUGUAAACAUCUGAC